AUGAUAGCAGAGUCAGAGAUUGGUCUAAAGAUCCAGGAUACCUGUGUGGGCCAUAUUUUGGACGGAAACACGUAUCCUGAGGCCUUACAAAGGAUAAUCACCACACUAGCCAAUAAAAAUGAAGAGCUUCACACCUUCAUCGACACCCUCACUCACUCACUGUCAGGAGUCAAGGAGAACUCCACGCAGGUGGUAUCAGAUUUGGAGGAGGAAUUCGACACGCUCUACUCCAUCCUGGACGAGAUGAAAGAAAGCAUGACCAACGCAAUCAAACAGGAGCAGGCCAAGAAGUCCCAUGAACUACAGAACCAGCUUUCACAGAGCACCAGUGCAUUGGAAAGUGCUGAGGAACUCCUGGAGUUUGCCAACAACGCUCUUCACAUCCAGAACGAAGAGGAAUUCUCAAAGGCUGCAAAACAGAUCAAAGACCGAGUAACGAUGGCUCCAGCGUUCCGUGUAACCAUGAAGCCCAAGGCCACGCCCACGAUGACUCACCUGAUGGUGGACUUCUCACAGGAGAGGCAGCUUCUCCAGAACCUCCGCUUUCUCCCUGUUCCACGUGCGCCGGAGAUCGAGGUUCAGGAGUGUUCGGUUGUUGAUAAUGAGGUGUCGGUGGUGUGGAAGAUGCCUGUGGAAGACAGUAAAAUCGAUCACUACAUCCUAGAGUACAGGAAGACCAAUCAUCAGGGUCUCCCUCGUGUCAAAGACGAACACACCUGGGAGGUGGUGGAUAACAUUAAGACCACUGAAUACACUCUAUCAGGUUUGAAAUUUGACUCCAAAUACAUGAACAUCCGGAUACGAGCUUGUAACAAGGCCGCUGCCGGGGACUACUCUGAUCCCGUUACCUUGGAAACCAGAGCAUUUAACUUUGGUUUGGACUCCUCCUCCUCACAUCUCAACCUGAAGGUGGAUGAGGGGGGUGUAGAGUGGGACCCCCAGGGGGGCAAAGGUCAAGAGAGCAAGUUUAAAGGGAAGGAAAACAAGGGCAGUGCACACCUCACCAAUCUGAAGAACAUGACAAGAAGCGGGACUCCUUCUCCAAAGAGGCUGUCAGUGACGCGCUCUCCAGCGGGGAGAGGGGGCAGGGACCGGUUUACAGGAGAGUCCUACACAGUACUGGGUGACACAGCAAUAGACAGCGGGCAGCAUUACUGGGAGGUGACUGCGCUUAAAGACUGUAAAUCGUACAGUUUGGGCGUGGCCUACAGGAACCUUGGCAAGUUUGACCAGUUGGGCAAAACCAGCAGCACCUGGUGUGUCCACAUCAACAACUGGCUCCAAAACUCCUUUGCUGCCAAACACAACAACAAGGCCAAGACUCUGGAUGUGUCUGUGCCUGAGAGGAUUGGGGUCUACUGUGACAUGGAUGGAGGUCAGCUGUCCUUCUAUAAUGCAGAAAACAAACAGUUACUCCACACCUUCAAAACUAAAUUCAGCCAGCCUGUUGUACCUGCCUUCAUGGUGUGGUGCGGAGGUUUGACCCUGUUGACAGGAUUGCAGGUGCCCAGUGCAGUGAGAAGUUUCCAGAAAACGGAGAAUGGUCUGGGUGGUUCUAGCAGCAGCAUCAACAGUAUGGUGCAGUAGUCCAGUCUCACCUGGAAAAACCUCCCACUGCUUCCACACGCAUCUCCUCCUGAAAUAAAGUGCUACAGCCACAAGGGGGCAUGAAGGGAAACUGCGCUUUUCUCAGGCUGCCGUGGAAAUCUACCACGCCUUCAAUGUCAUCUUUAAAACAAG